GAAAAGAUUAUGUUAUAAAAUUGAUGAAAAAUCGGACGGUACGCAGGUAGUGGGUUGAGGAUUGAAAUGAGAUUAUAAGCACGAUGGUCGUAUCCUACCGGUAUUUCCAGUCCCCAGUUAGGGGGUCGGUGGUGGCAGGUCAAAUUGUGUCUAGGGUGAUGCCCCGUCACUAUCGGGUGGGGUCGGUAAAGGGCGUCAAGGUCGAUUGGGCAGGAUACAGACUGGCCAUACGCCGCAGGAGUAGUAUAUCACAAUUGCUACCUAUGCCACGGCAGCCAUAUCUCUCUUGGUUGUUAUUGUUGAUGUGGGGCACGAAUAGCGUCAAAGGGUGACGUUGUUCAGACUGCGUUCGACCGGAAAAAAUUGGCCGAGGACAAUGGCUGUAAUAUUCGGUUUAUCACCACCGUUAUUAUUGCAGAAGGUAUUUGAGAGGUAGGGAGAAGGGAGGUGGCCGAGAAGUAAAGGAGGAAGGCUUGGGGGCAAAAGAGGGAUAAGAGAAAGGAGGAAGAAUAGCAUUCCAGGAGCAGGAAAUAGGAGGCUGCACAAGCUGUUGCUGAGUAAGCGCAGGUCGCGGGCAAUAGCCGCAGUGAGAGAAACAGACCUGAACCUCCGCCUCGCUCAUCUUCAACUUGUCGACUCUCUGCACGCGAGAAAAGGAGAAACCCAUACACACAAUACAAACCUCUUCACCCCCCCUCUCAUCUGGCUACUCGCCUCUCCCUCCCUCCUUUCUCUUUCUUUUCUCUCUUCAUCAUCCUUUCCCCUAAACACUCUCUUCUCCUGCCUCUAACGUCGCUUAGUCUCCUCCAGUUCCUGUCCCCCUACAACCCUAAAACCCUUCUAGCUUUCUUAAUUCUCUGGCUCAUGAGAACGACAGUGCUUGCCAUGGAAGACCGGAAGCGACCUGUCCCGCAUGAGCCGUCCGAUGAUUCUUUACCUCCAUUUAAACGACCAGCUCUGAAUUCUGCCUCUUCUUCUCAAGCACCCCAAAACAGCCAUCAGGUGCCACAAAGUCAAGAGGAUGUCAUUCAUUUUCAAAAAGAAGCGAUAUGGCGCCAGAUGAUGGAAUAUAAGCGAGAGCGCAACAUGUUGGAAUCGAGAGUCGAGGAGUUAGACAAAAGAUCAACGUAUCAUGACGAUCAUUUGCGAGUAAUAGAUGCUUGGUGGGCUCAGCUGUUGGAUGAAGUUCGAUUUCUUGCCGGCGAGCCCGAUAGCAGUUGCCAGAAUGGAGCUUCCCUGGAAUUUUCCUCAUCUCUUCUCUUCAACGAUAUAGCGAGCUUUACAGAUCACUUGAAGGAAAAGCGUGAUCACAUAACAUCUUCACUCCAGGCACUAUUUUCAGCGAUCCGGUCAAAUUCGUCAAAUAAUAAAAAGGCUGACGGGGUCGAAGAGCUACAGUCUCGGCUGAGUUCCCUUCUGGCUAACGAGAAGGCCCGCAAGGUUGAGAUUGCUCGCCUCCAAAAGGAAAAAGAAGAUGCAAACUCGCGACUCACCGAAGCGACAAUUAAGUACAUGACGGCAGAGAAGAAGGUGGACCGCCUAAAGAGCCAAACUUUGGCGAAAAUAGAGCGACAAGCUAUGUUCCAAUCGAAUGCUGGGGCCGAAAAUAAUAAAGACGGGGGGAAUAGCGACGAACAAUCCGCAAAAGAUCGGGAGAUCAAUGCGAAAGUUGCCGAAGGAAAUGUCGCCGAUGCUGAGCAGGCCCGUAAAGAAGCUCAAGCAAUUGCUAGCAAGCAGAAAGAAGAGCUUCAACAAUUACAAGCCGAUAACACUCGACUCUCGGAACAAGUAACGACUUUUACGAUCAAGUUCGGAAGGCUGUCGGAAGAAGAUAUAUCCAAAUGCGAUGCCUAUAAAAACCUGAGGGUCAAGCUCGAAGAUUUAGCUACCCGGUUCAACCAUAUCGAGGCUCUCAACAGAGAGCUGUUAGAAAGAACCGAACAUUUUGAAGCUGAACGCACGAAAUAUAAGGAGUUGAUUCUCACUGAACAGCAUACUGUAAUAAGUGAUAUGCAACUCCAAUUGAGCAGGACAGAACAAGACCUUGCCCGUGUGCGAGCCGCUCGAGAUGAGCUCAUCCAAGACCAGACUCAACGCAAAACAAGAGAAGAUCAGAAACUUGGGUCGAUUAGAGAGGUUAACGAACUGGCUGAAACAAGGGCUUCCAGAAUUGCCUCGCUGGAAAUGGAGGUUGAACGGUUGAGACUCGAGCUUGACAAGGAAGCCCUCUCAGACACUCAACCUUUCGCAGAAUGGGGCCUAGACGAGCUCAGGCAGAAGUAUGAGCACCUCGACAAAGCUUAUAAAGUUCUGACCCAGGAAUUACCCGCGUUAGAGCAAGCUUUCAAGAAGGCUCAUGAUCAAGCAUCCAGAAAGGUUGCAGGGAUCCAGGAGAGUGAGGAUAAGAUGCGACGCUUGCAGGCCGAAAAAGGAAAAGCCGAUCAAAAGUACUUUUCAGCAAUGAAGAAUAAAGAGACAUUGAGCGCUGAGAACCGAGCCCUGAAGAACCUGAAUGCUAGGAGCACGGAUAUUAUCACUCAACUCAAGGACGCUGAAAAGAAGGUUCGCGAUCUAGUGGUCAAUUUGGAGAAACAGAUCGCCGAAAUGAAAACUGUUCAACAGACCUUAAUUACGAGGAAUCGUGAGCAUCAGUCUCGUGUGGCAGAACAAAACAAUACUACUGAUUCCCUGAAGUCUCAAGUAGCCGAACUUAGCACGUACCUGAAAACUCGUGAUGCAGCGGUGUCCAGAGAAUCUGCUGGAAGAAGGGAAGCGGAGAUCGAAGUCGAAAAGCUUCAGGUGAAGCUAGAAGACGCUCAAAGAUGCCUUGAAAAUAACAGGCCAAAGGGUAGUGAAAAUUCACAGCUUGAAGCCUUAAGACAAAUCGCCCUCUGCACCGUCUGCAGAAACCGUUUCAAGAAUACUGCUAUCAGACCAUGCGGCCAUGUCUUCUGCAGGCAAUGUGCAGACGAGAGAAUAUCCUCGAGAUCUAGAAAGUGUCCCAACUGCGGACGAGCAUUCGCGGUGACCGAUCUGAUCUCUGUUCAUCUGUAACACUACUCUUGGUAAUAAAUAUCGCAUUUUGAUACCACUCAUCAAUUUUAAUACCUUCUUCUCCGGACCCCUCCUUCGAUAACAUUUCUUUUUCGUUUCGGUUCGUCUCAAUAAAAAAAAAUUAGUUGGGGAGGUCACAGGAUUUAUUCUGAUAGAAUGUAGGGAAUUUUGCCGGUUUUUUCUUAUGCUUUUCCUUUUUAUUUAGGGUUCAUUUUUUCUUCUUUUUCUCAUAUUCGAUUGAUAAGGCUGGAAAGGGAGAGAUGGGUGAUUUUUUAAAAAAAAAUCUUAUUUUUCUUUCAAUGAACCCUUCCCCCUUUCCACCGACACCACUCUCCUACUUUCCAAUCCCCUCCAUUCACCCCCCCCCCUUAUCAGCAUUCUUUUCAGGUGAACAAUAAAAAAAACUAUGAUACUUGUAUAUAAUUAUCAUCCCUUCCAUCUUCUUGCCCUCAUUAUCACUUUUCCCUUUUCCUCUUUUCAAUUCGCUCUCCAUUAUUUUGACACGGAGUUCUUUCGCUUCCUACUUUUUCGGAUUCCUUUCGCUUCAUUUCGUCUACCUCUUUCUCUGUCUAUCGCUCCCAACCACUUUCCUGUCCAUAAUGUCUUAGUUAUCCCAACUAAGACUUCAGACAUGCCAUACUUUCUGUAUUCAAUCUUUUCUUUCUCCUUCCCCUUCCCUGACGGAAGGGUAGAAUUCAACUGAGAAUAUUAAAUUUUUGAUAAA